AUGCACCCAGAGACAGCUGCCAAGCCACUCGCCUGCUCGGGCAUUGUUCUGGGAUGCUGCAGUGGUGCUCUUCUGGUGCUCGUGCUCCUCGGGGUGCCGCUGCUCGUUCUGCCUGCUUUCCGCACGGAUGCCUAUCAACUGAUUGGUUCAGGGACGCGUGGCAGCCUCCACGAGAAGAUCCGCACACAAAUUCCCGCACGCCCGUCGUGGCUGUCAACCUUGCCGCCAGUGAUGCCAGUAGCGCCAGCGACGCGGGCAACGCCUACUGCACCCCAUAACGCAGCUGCCCCACCCUCAACAACUAGAGCGCAGCAACACCGGGACAAGCCUAUCCCUCCUGCCUUGAACAAGAGUACGGUGCAUGAAGCCCUCGGCCUCGGGAUGCUCUGGGAGGAGGUCCCAGCAGUCGCCAGCUACUUGUGGAGAGGGACGACAUUCUGCGGAGACUAUGCUUGGAAGGGUUCGAUGAAGGGGGUUGGUAUGGCAAGUCGGCAGAAUGCCGUUUUGAUCAACUUGCAAUCCACCAAGGGGGUCAGCAAUGUCAUGUUCUGGCAGCUAAACUUCAUGAUCGCGUGGAUGCUGCGACGGCCUGUGCUGCUCUACUCAGAUGGCCAAAUUUGGAAUCUGUUGCACUCACGGCACAUGCCUCCAAGCAUGCAGGUGUCCGGUGUCGCACUUCGGGAUGUGGUGGCAAACGUGACUGUUGCGAAAGGGCCUCCCAUCUUCAAGGACAAGGACGACUGCAAUGCUCAUUUCCAGGACCCUUCCUCCGGCAACUUGCUCAGCAUCAACAUGCUGAAGCCUCCCAGUUCUUGGAAGCUCCCAUCACAUCCAAUUCUAUUGCUGGGGGUUGGAAGCAAGAACGUGCGGACUCUCAAGCACAUCGUGCCACUGGAUUGUAGAAACAAAAUGAUCCAGCAGCUGAAGAGAGGAUGGGAAGAGUCUGACAGGGAGAGGGCCAAGGCCAUCACGCGAGACAUGAAGCAUUUCGGAAGGUGCUCCUUGAGAUUUUCCAUGGGCGAUCCCCAGCCGGACCUGCUCCGCUUUCUGCAGCCCGUCUUGCAAAGCCUCGCAUCCACGAAGGCCUUCCUGGUCGGCAUCCAUUUCAGGAUGGGUGAUACGCUCAUGAGCAAAGAGCUCGGAAGAGUUUCCGGCGCCAACAAUGACAAGAGGUCUCAGGUCCCUCUGCAAAAAUACUUGAGUCACGUGAACGACCUGCUGCGCGCCCUCAAGGAGGUGCUCAGGCCCUUGGAUGCCCAACCGGUAGUGUUCAUUGCGAGUGACAAUGCGGCAGCCCUCAAGGCUGCAGAGAACAAGUUGACCUGCAAGGUGGUUGCGAACCCCGGCCAUUCAGUGCAUUCGACUGACAAGAAAGCCAGUGUCACCGAGAUCCAGAAGGUCUAUGCAGACUGGUAUCUCCUGGCCUUAAGCAGCAUUCUGCUGAGCCCUAGCCCGGGGACAAACUGCAAUGACGGCUGUGGGAGUGGCUUCUCGAAGACUGCAGGCCAGCUCGGUUUCCCUUUGAUCUCCAUCCUGGGCCGGGACAUCUCCUCCAAGGAUGUCCAGAGCGUGCGGAAGCUGCCAAUAAAGGCGCUGGCUGAUCUUGGCAUCUACAAAUCUCGAGGAGUCGCUCGCUGA